AGCACGUCAAGGUCAACUCAUUUUGAUUGAGUAGAUCUGCUUCCUAGCUAGUAAUGAAAGUUUUUAUUGAUUUCCUGGUAAACGCGUAUUCGUCUUCCUUUGUUCUUCAUCCAGCGGAACAUGAAAGUGUGCAUCUACCAGUUCCACCUAGACAAUACCAAAGCUAGUAGCUUCAUCAUCUAACUUGAUAUGGAUAUGCCUUCGUCAUCUUCGUCCAACACCCAAACAGUGCCUUCUUCAUCAUCAUCUGUUUCACCCUCUACUUGGAAAUAUGACGUGUUCCUCAGUUUUAGGGGAGAGGACUCCCGGAAUAGUUUCACGGACCAUUUGCACUAUGCGUUGAAUCAGAGAGGAAUCAACGUAUUUAGAGAUACGGAGAAGCUUCAGAAAGGGAAAUCCAUCUCGCCGGAGCUUCUGAAAGCAAUUGAAGAGUCCAGAUUUGUGGUUGCGGUUCUUUCGCCUAACUAUGCAACUUCAAGUUGGUGUCUUGAUGAGCUGGCUCAUAUUGUUAAAUGCAAUAAGCUGAGGGGACUGGAAGUUCUUCCUGUUUUUUAUCAUGUGGAGCCAUCUGAGAUCAGGAAGCAGACUGGGAACUACGGCGAGGCAUUUGCUGAGCACCAGACCAAUUUCAAGGACAAUAUCACCAAGGUUGAUAAUUGGAGGGAAGCUUUGAAGGAGGUAGUCAAUCUCUCCGGAUGGCAUGUGACAUAUAAUCGGGGAGAAUCUGAAGUUAUUCAGGAAAUAGCUAAAAGGAUUUGGGACAUAUGCUAUUCAGUGUUAUACGAGCCGGACACAGAUUUAAUUGGAAUGGAUGCGCGUAUUGAGAUGAUGGAGUCUUACUUGGAUCUAAGGUCAAGUGAUGUUUUUGCCGUUGGAAUUUGGGGGAUGGGGGGCAGUGGUAAGUCAACUCUGGCAAAAGAAGUCUUCUAUAAGAUGAAGCGUGAUGAACGAUUUGAUGUUAGCGGUUUUGUUUCCAUUUCCAACGGUAGCUCGUAUUCUGAAAAAGAAGCUCUAGUCGAGUUGCAAAAACUUCUCUGUGGAUCCUUUUUCGGGGACAGCGACAUCAAUAUAGACACUGUUGGAAGAGGGAUCAAGAUGUUAAAGAGGGUACUGUACAAGAAAAAGGUGCUAAUCGUUCUAGAUAAUGUUGAUGAACUCGAUGAACUCAAAGGUUUAGCACCGGGGAUGCAGGAUGAAGAGAAUUCCUGGGCUUCAGGGAGCCGGCUCAUUAUAACAACUAGAGAUAGGCGCACAUUGACAGAGUGCCUUGUUCGAGAAGAUAAAAUAUAUGAGAUUGAAAAACUGAAUGAGGAGGAAGCUUCUCAGCUAUUGUGUCAGAAAGCCUUCAAGAAAAACGAUCCACCAUAUGGGUUUGAAGAGCUGUCCAAGAGAUUUCUAAAGUAUGCUGAUGGCCUUCCUUUAGCUCUUAAAGUUUUAGGGUCACACUUGUCUGGGAGAAAGGCAGAAAUAUGGUCAGAGGUACUGGAUAGACAUGAUAAAGAUCUGGAUAAAGGCAUUUUAAAGGUGCUUCAAAUAAGUUUUGAUGGAUUAGAGGAUACAGAUAAAGAGAUCUUUCUAGACAUUGCUUGCUUCUUCAAUGGCGAGGAUAAGUCUCGUGUAGGAAAGAUACUAAAUGGUUGUGGCUUUACUUUCGAAUAUGGAAUAAAACACCUCGUCGAGAAGUCUCUGAUUAAAAUUCAAAGGGGUAAACUGUGGAUGCAUGAUUUACUACGGUGGUUGGGUUGGCAUAUUGUUUGUAACAAAUCUUAUACUCCGGGUGAACGCUGCAGGUUGUGGCUUGACGACAACGCAGGCAGAAGUUCAUGGCGUUUUGAAGAUGCCUGUAACAUGGUCGUGAACAAUCAGGGGACAAAUGCUGUUGAAGGCUUAUUCUUAAGCUUGCCUGAAAAAGAAAUAAUGUCUUUAAAGGAUGACCCGUUCUCAAACUUGAGCAACUUGCGAUUGCUGAAGAUUUAUAAUGUGAACUUUCCCGAUGUGCAAUUUAGAUACGUCUCUAAAAAGUUACGACUUCUGGAAUGGCACGAGUGUCCUCUAGAAUUUCUGCCAUCUGAGUUUACAUCAGAGAAUCUGGUUGAAAUCAAGAUGCCUAACAGCCGCAUUAAACAACUAUGGAAUGGCACGCUAUCUCUUGAAAAGCUAAUACUCAUGGAUCUUUCUCACUGCCAAUCUUUAGCCACGACCCCAGACUUCAGUAAGGUUCCAAAUCUUGAGAGAUUGAUCCUUGAAGGUUGUACUGAGUUAUCAGUAGUUCACCCAUCAGUUGGGGCUCUCAAGAAACUGGAUUUAUUGAAUCUGAAGGGUUGCGCAAGUCUAGAGAGCCUUCCCUACUCCAUCAGCAUGACAUCUCUUCGAAUUUUUAUUCUCUCUGGAUGUUCAAAACUCAAACAAUUUCCAGAGUUUGUGGAGAACAUGGAUGCGUUAGCAGAACUUUAUUUAAAUGGCACGGCUAUACAGGAGCUUCCUGUAUCAAUCCAGUUUUUGAAGGGCCUUGUUUUGCUAAAUCUAAGUGGCUGUAGGAACCUUCACGAACUUCCAAGCAUCCUAUGUAGUAGUUUGACAUCAAUGAAAUUUCUGUAUCUGUCACUGUGCUCAAGUAUGGAGAAUCUGCCGGAUAACAUAGGCUGCUUGGAGUACCUGGAGGAGCUUGAUGCGUGUUAUACUGCUAUAAAAAAAGUGCCCAAGUCCAUUUGUCUCCUCAAGAAUCUUAAAUUAUUGUAUUUCAUGGCUGCACUGGAUUCACAGGUUUAGAGUUGCCAAAAAAGUUCUCAGGUUUGAGAUCUCUGACAACACUAAACCUAGGUGGAUGUAAUCUUGCAGAAGGAGCAAUCCCUGAUGACAUUGGUGAUUUAUUCUCACUACAGAGUCUGGAUUUAAGCGAGAACAACUUUUCCACCAUA